AUGAGGCUGGAUGUUAUAGGACUCUAUCUUAUCUUGCAGGAGGCUGAAGUAACCGGACGAGAGGUGUUCCUUGUGACGCGUGCAAAACCUCUGAGGGCCACUUCACUGUCUGUCUUCAACUAUCUCAAACGUCAAGCUCAUAUGCAAUCACUUCGCACACUGUGCAUGCUUCGACAACUCCCACGAGCACAAAGUCUAGUUAAACGAGCACCACCACACACAACAGCACGCACAAUGUCUCUCUUCCCACGAAUCGUUCAGAACGAAUUUGCACCGAUGUUCCGGAUGCUCGAUCAGUACGCCGACUACGCAAACCGCAUGCCGGGACGGGGGUUCAGCGAAGGCCUCCAAUCUUUCAACGCCAAAUUCGUUGUUAAGGAGACCAAAGAAGCCUACGAAUUACAUGGCGAGUUGCCUGGCGUCGAACAGAAGGACGUCACUAUCGAAUGGCAGGACUCCAACACAACUUCCAUCAAAGGCCGCACCGAGCAUUCCCAUGAAGCAGGAACUCCGCCAGCUGGAUUCAUCGAGGAGCCCCAACAUCAGAGCCAGCUGACGGAGAAGGAGAACGGACAUUACUCAAAAGCCACUGUGGAAGAUGAGGGAGCGAAGGCAUCAUCCUUCAGCAACGAAGGAACCUCUGUGGAAGCGUCGAAGCCGAAGGAGACAAACGGAUCCACAUACUGGUUUUCGGAGCAUUCUGUGGGAGAGUUUGCGAGGACAUUCUCCUUCCCGAAGCCAGUUGAUCAGGACAACGUCGAGGCCAGUCUGAAGAAUGGUAUUCUCUCCCUUACCGUCCCGAAGACUACCGGCAAACAAAACAAGCGCAUCGAGAUAUCUGAGUGA